UAUAUUUUUAUUUUAAAAUUGAUUUUUCCUUCUUUUUCUUGCUUUAGUGUGUGUAUAUAUAAGACAUGAGUUGCUCAAUCCCUUCAACAACUUCAUUAUUUACAUACAUUGGUUUAGGAGGUUGAAUAGGAAGAAACCCUUGAGGUUUCUUAGAUUCUUAUAGUCAGCCCUAAACCUAAAUCUCUUGUGCUAUUUUGUUCAAAAUCCAAAGAAGACCAAAAGAAGACAUGGAUUUUCACAGUCAAUUGGCUUUAGCUUUUGGCAUACUAGGUAAUGUCAUUUCCUUCAUGGUGUACUUGGCUCCUACGCCAACAUUUUACAGAAUAUGGAAAGUGAAAUCAACUCAAGGUUUCCAAUCUUUGCCCUACUUGGUGGCUUUAUUCAGUUCCAUGCUUUGGCUAUACUAUGGGUUGCUCAAGACAAAUGCUACAUUCCUCAUUACCAUUAAUGCAUUUGGAUGUGUUGUUGAGCUUAUUUACAUUAUCAUCUACACAAUCUACGCCACCAAAAAUGCCAGGAUCUUAACCCUGAAAAUAUUCAUUGUGAUGAAUGUGGUCUCUUCUGUGUUGAUAGUUGUCACCAUCCAAUUUGCUCUGCAUGAUUCUCUCCGAGUCACAGUCCUUGGAUGGGUUUGUACAGCUUUUGCAAUUUGUGUCUUUGCAGCACCUUUAACCAUUGUGGCAAAGGUUAUCAAAAGUAAAAGUGUUGAGUUUAUGCCAUUCAAUUUGUCACUUUUCCUCACAAUAAGUGCUGUAGUGUGGUUUUCUUAUGGUCUCUUCCUCAAGGAUAUAUGCAUUGCGAUACCAAAUGUGUUGGGUUUCAUAUUAGGACUAUUUCAGAUGAUACUAUAUGCUAUUUAUAAGAACAAAGCCACAGCUCCAAAGGAGGAAUAUGAACUUGAGCAGGCAAUGACAAACGUUGUUAUAUUGAGCCCAAUGGGAAUCCUAAUGUCAUCUCCAUCUCCACUUAGAGAAAGAGUGAGUAAACAGAAUACAGAAGGUGUAGAAGACAAGAACAAAAACGUGGAAGUUGUUGUGGUGAAUUCAUGUGAAGUAAUCUCAUCUCCACUUUUAGACAAAGUGAAGAAACAGGGAAAAGAAGGUGUGGAAGAGAAGAAGAAGAAAAGUGUGGGAACUUCAGCAUAAUAUAUAUGGAAGGAUAUGGUUGGGUUUCUUAUUAUGAUAUAUGAUGAUUUAUAAUAUAGUUUUAUGUCCACAACUCUUUAUCGUUCUAUCAUUUAUAUAAUGAUAUUGAUAUUGUAAGGAGUUUCUUAUAUAUAUAAUGAUAUUCUAUGGAGUAUCCUUGAACUUCUAUGAAUAA